AUAGUGUUUGUUUUCCGAGAAAAUCCUAAGGCUUUGGGAAGCUUUCUCGGGUUUUUCUCUAAGCCGAAGCAGAGAAAUCCCUUCUUUAGGGAAUGCAGAGAGAUGGGAGGAGCUUUGCUAACGAAUCCUGAGAUUUGUGGGCGUGCCAAGCGGUGCGUCGGCGGCAGGAAUUGCCACCGGAAGCACGUCGAAGACGGGUGAUCGGAGAAAAACCAGAAAAGUUUUCGUUUUCCCUUAUUUUCGCCAUUUUCCGACUCUCCAAACAACACUCCAUAUUAAGAUCCUCUGUAUAUAACUAAAAUACCUUUCUUAGUUUGUGUGUUUUCUUCUGUAAAAUACUCGAAAAAAUGGGCGAGAAGACCAGUAACAAAGACGGAAACUCCACUCUGCUCCAUGGAAAGUACGAGCUCGGUCGUUUCCUAGGGCACGGAACCUUCGCGAAGGUCUACCACUCGAGGAAUCUCCAGACCGGGAAGCGCGUGGCGAUGAAGGUCGUCGGGAAGGAGAAGGUGAUCAAAGUCGGGAUGACGGAGCAGGUGAAGAGAGAGAUCUCGGUGAUGAAGAUGGUGAAGCAUCCAAACAUCGUCGAGCUCCACGAGGUUAUGGCGUCGAAAUCGAAGAUCUACUUCGCGAUGGAGCUCGUCCGCGGCGGCGAGCUUUUCUCGAAGAUCGCCAAAGGACGGCUGAAGGAGGACACCGCCAGAGUCUACUUCCAGCAGCUGAUCUCCGCCGUCGAUUUCUGCCACAGCCGCGGCGUCUACCACCGCGAUCUGAAGCCGGAGAAUCUCCUUCUCGACGAGGACGGCAACCUCAAGGUCACAGACUUCGGCCUCUCGGCCUUCUCUGAGCAUCUCAAGCAGGACGGCCUCCUCCACACCACUUGCGGAACUCCGGCCUAUGUCGCGCCGGAGGUCAUCGGAAAGAAAGGCUACGACGGCGCAAAGGCCGAUAUCUGGUCCUGUGGAGUAAUUCUCUACGUUCUCCUCGCCGGAUUUCUUCCAUUUCAGGAUGAUAAUUUGGUCGCCAUGUAUCGCAAGAUCUACAGAGGAGAUUUCAAGUGUCCGCCAUGGUUUUCCCCUGAAGCUCGCCGACUAAUCACGAAGCUUCUAGAUCCCAACCCUAGCUCGAGAAUCACCAUUUUCAAAAUCAUGGACUCGUCCUGGUUCAAGAAAUCGGCACCGAAGAUUCUAAAAUCAAAGCAAGAGCAAGAAUUCGAAGAGAAUUGCGAGAAGGCAGCCAAGCAGAGCGAGACGCUUAACGCCUUCCACAUAAUCUCGUUAUCGGAAGGCUUCGAUUUGUCACCGCUGUUCGAAGAGAAGAAGAGGGAGGAGAAGGAGGAGCUCCGGUUCGCGACGACGAGGCCGGCGAGCAGCGUGAUUUCGAAGCUGGAGGAGGUGGCGAAGGCGGUGAAGUUCGAUGUGAAGAAGAGCGAAUCGACAGUGAGGCUGCAGGGGCAGGAGAGCGGUCGAAAAGGGAAGCUGGCGAUCGCCGCGGAGAUCUUCGCCGUCACGCCGUCAUUCCUGGUUGUGGAGGUGAAGAAGGACAAUGGUGACACCCUUGAGUACAACCAAUUCUGCAGCAAGGAGCUCCGGCCGGCGCUUAAGGACAUCGUCUGGACGUCGCCGCCGGAUAAUUCGACGAUUGCUUAAAUGACAUCGACGGCGGGGGCGACGACAAGGACGACUUUUGAGUCCAAAUUCUGGAAUUAUUGUCGGUUGAUUCGAACAUUGUUGUGGCUAUUUGUUUUAGAAUUACUUAUUAGAAGAUGGUAAUUGAAAACUGGGAUUAUUAUCAUAAUUUCCGUUUCAAUUUGCUUGUGUUGUGUCAUAUGGCUUGAAUUAUGGAAUGUUUGUUGUCUUUUUCAUGGGCCUUGGGUAAUAAUUUCAGUGAAUCAACAAACAAAUUUGUUGAUUUAAUGUGAUUGGUGAUGAAUUAUGUUUUUAUGUGAAUAUAUGAUCUGGUUUCUCUGGUUUGCUUCA